GUUCAGAGAGGCAAUGUGCUGGAAGCCAGAAGUGGGAGCAAAGCUGCUGCAACCCGCCCUGAGUCACUGACAGGAUUAAUAUAGCCAAAAGCUUUCACAUAAUUAAGUAAAAUAAGAGUUUACUGCUGUAAAUGAAUGAUCAACAGGAAAAAGAAAGAUGUCAAGCUUCAACUUCUGUAACAUCUAAAUUGAAGAUGAGAGCCCUCCUGCCAGCAGCAGUGGUAGCUGAGGCAGAGUGGCUGCCAGGGAGGAUUUGAAGAGCUUCUUCCCUGUGUCUGCUUCACUUCCCAGCGCAGCUCCCAUGGCCUGUGACGAACCURCUGCUCUCUCGGGCAUCUUCACGCGCCAGAACUCCGCCAGCACCAACUCUCUGGACUUCGAGCCCAACGCCGACUACAAGUUUGUGGAAAGGCUGGAGGAGCGUUACAARUGCGCCUAUUGUCACCUGGUCCUGCACAACCCCCACCAGACGGGAUGCGGGCACCGCUUCUGCCAGCAGUGCAUCCUUUCUCUGAGAGAGUUAAAUGCACUACCCACCUGUCCUGUCGACAAAGAAACAAUAAAAAUGCACGAGGUAUUCAAAGACAACUGCUGUAAAAGAGAAGUUCUCAACUUGCAUGUGUUCUGCAAAAACUUUCCUGAAUGCAAUUCAAAAAUAAUUCUGGGACGAUAUCAGGAGCAUCUCCAGCAGUGUUUGUUUGAAAGCAUGCAGUGCACUAAUGAUGGGUGUCAGGAUCAAAUUCUUCGCAAAGACUUGAAAGAACACUUGAGCCAGCACUGUCAAUUCCGAGAAGAGAUGUGCCAGUACUGCAAUACAUAUGUGGUGUUAAUUAACAUAAAGAAUCAUGAGAAAAAUGACUGUCCUGAUUAUCCUGUGCCUUGUCUCCAAAACUGUUCUCAAAUAAUUCUGAAAAAGGAGAUUGAAAAGCACCACACUGUGUGUCCCGAGGCAGAAGUGGACUGCCCAUAUAAGCAGUAUGGCUGUCAUGUAAAGGUUAAAAGAGGGAAACUUGCUGAACAUGAAAACAGUGCCCUGAGGGAACACAUGCUGCAGAUUUUAGACAAGAACUCCCGGCUGGAAGAACAGAUAUCUGACUUGUAUAAGAGCCUGGAAUGUAAAGAGAUUAAAAUCCAGCAGCUAGCAGAUGCGAUUAAAAAGUGUGAGAAAGAAUUCAGACAGUAUACACAACUGUUUGGUAACAAUAGCAACUUGAUGGUAAGCACACAGGCUCUGGCCAGUCACCUGGAUAAGUCUGCACGCCUGGAAUCACAAGUGAAACAGCUAAUACAGAUGGCAAACCAGCAGCAGAAUAAAUUGGACCUGCGGCCCCUGUUUGACACAAUUGAAAAUGUGAAACAGAAGAUUGCCCUGAUGGAGACGUACGAUCAGCGCUUGGGUAUGUUGGCACUUUCCUGCACAGUUGUUUUGGAAGAUCAAUCCAGCAAACAUGAUCBCCAGAUCAAUAUUCACAAAGCACAGCUCAAUAAAAAUGAAGAACGAUUUAAGCUUUUGGAAGGCACGUGCUACAACGGGAAAUUAAUCUGGAAAAUCACGGACUACAAGAUGAAGAAAAAAGAGGCGGUGGAAGGCCGUGUGCUGUCCAUAGCCAGCCAGCCCUUCUACACCAGCCGCUGCGGGUACAGGUUGUGUGCUAGAGCCUACCUGAACGGAGAUGGCUCGGGAAAGGGAACGCACAUCUCCCUCUACUUCGUGGUCAUGAGGGGUGAGUUUGACUCGCUACUGUUAUGGCCUUUCAAGCAGAAAGUUACACUUAUGCUUUUGGACCAAAGUGGGAAAAAAAAUCACAUCGUGGAAGUCUUCAGGGCUGACCCCAACAGCAGCAGUUUCAAAAGGCCGGAUGGAGAAAUGAACAUCGCCUCRGGCUGUCCACGCUUCGUGCCGCACGCGGUCUUGGAGAACACAAAGAACACCUACAUCAGAGAUGACACUCUCUUUUUGAAAGUGGUUGUGGAUCUAACUGAUCUGGAGGAACUGUGAAAAGCGUGCCUGAUCAAUGUGACUGCUGUAACCAUUAGGAACUGCUUUUGUGGUGAACACCAGCCAUGCAAUAGUGAAUUGCCACCAGUCAAGCUACUGAGAAUGUUUCAYGGCUUUGGACUGCAGGACAGAUAAAUGAAUUGCCAAAGCAUUGGCCUUUCCUUUUCUAACCUUUUUUUCAAGACUGCAUUUUUAAGGCAGCUAGAAGUCCAGUUUGAUGCAGACAUGCAUUCGAUCCAGAUUGGCUCAGUCCAGGCUGGAGGAAUGCUUGGCUCCCAUCACCAGACUGGCAUUUGGAGAUGAAGCUCCUCUAGCAGACUCCCUGGAGCCCAGGCAGGCCUGUGGGCUCCUCUCCCUCACACAGAAGUGAAGCCAUGCCCAAACGUGCAAGUGCAUUUCAUCUGUCUGCGAUGGAAACAUUUUAACAUUAGCAAAUUCUAUUCUUGGUGUGUCUYGAUCCCUCCAUCUCCUGGAUUUUUGAAGCAGGGAGAAUGGCUUUAGUUAGACAGGGAAAACAUGUGCCAAGUAUCUUGCAUUGUUUUUAUUUGAUUUAAUUGUCCUUUUCCAGAAUGCCCAGAGGAAGGAGCCAAUGCCUCUUACUUUUUUAGUCUGGUAUUUCAGCUGUAUAGAGUAUCUCUAGGUCUCAACAGCUUCCUUGUGUCCUUUCCAUUCCUGCCUAGUGCCUUGGGACUGAUUUCCUUUGGUGGUAAAUAUCCACAGUCCCCAUCUGAAGCCAAAAGCUGCAGGUGCUUCUCCCCUCUCAGGRCAUGGCCAGAGGCAGGGCACUCGGCCAGCCCACCAGCUCUUGGCUGCACUGCUGGAAGAGGGGCAAAACUGCAGUUCUUUUGCUUACACAUCUGUGCAAAAGAGAUGUUUUCUGGCCUACCAGCUUUACAAACAGGCAGGAAGAACUUGGGGAAUAGCUCAGGUAAUACGCACUUUUCCUCUCUCCUAGAAGUUUGGGAGAAAAGGGAAUAAAUGGAUUACGGAGUGAGUGAGGUUGCUGUAAGAACCCAAUUUUCACAAUCAGCGCAGCUCUAGUGUUUGUUAAAGGAUGACACAGUCCAACAACCARUGACUGUGAUGUCUAAAGCUCUUAAUUUUUAUUCCAAGUUCCUUCCAUACUGCAAGGGAAUGUGUGCWUUGUAYAGGGUUUUUUGAAGACACACUAAAACCACCAAGAUCAGGCACUGAGGAACAAGUGACAGAAUACACGUGCCUUUUUAAAGCCCUUCAGGUACCUGUAAGAGGGAUGUAAUUUUGCAUGCUCAGUCAUUGUGUUAUUAGAAGUGRCAGAAUUUUGCAUCUUUCAUCUCUUGCAGACCAGGUUGUGAAACACCAUGGCAUUAUUCGUUGCUCCAAAACUUAUCAAGAGGCAGCAAGAAGUUAAGCUGGGUUUAGAGUAAGAGUAAACUAGGCAGGAUAAAAAUCAAAAUGGGGCACAGACUGAAAGGUAAAGAUAGAAAAUUCAGGAGGGCAAAUGUGGCAAAAUGAAAAAUGCCCUUCCUGUGUGGGGUGUUGCUAUCAACCUAAAUAAUUCAAGGAUUGAUACUAAGAGGAAGGCAACAUACUGUAUUUUGUAUCU